GGUCUCAUAGUACAGUCGUCAACUAGUACGACUUAACAACAUGCCCAUCAUGGGUUCAAGCCCCAAAUGGACCGUGCCGCCAUACGUAGGACUGACUAUCCUGCUAUGGGGGGUUAUCCAUAAGUCACUGAAAGCCAACCCCACAAGUAGUGGUACAAGGCAGGCGUUGACCGACAGCGGUUGUUGAGCCAAAGAAGAAGAAGAAGAAGAAGAUUUUAAAACAUGUUUCUAUAGGCAUUCUAUUUUUUUUAUCGAUUCGAUAAACCAAUAAAAAGUGAUCAUAAAAAGAAUAAGCAAAACAUACCCGGGUAGGUGGUUAUAGAAAUGAAGUUUAAGUUUGACUGGUCAGGUCGGCCUAUGCAGCCUUUCUAGAUUUUAGCCGAAUAUUCUUCGCUACGGUCCAGAUGAGAAUCGAUCCGAUUCGGACUUGUGGGCGCCGGCGCGUCUCUAGAAAACAGAACCGAACUGCUUCUGAGUUAUUAUUCAGGCUUUAAUAAAGUUUUACCAAAGUAGCAUGAGCCUUUUGUUGUUGCACGAAGCCGUAUUUCUUUCGGUGAAAGAACCUGUACACAACAUUAAUACAACAUGGAACAUACCCACACUUAUACAAUCAAGUGUUGAUUUUGUUAGUCCGUACCUAGCUCCGGAAAUAAACAAAACCCAACAUACAGGUAACCUGCUGUUACUCAUAUUAACCUUUUCCCACCUACCUGCUACAGGACUGUCAAGAAACAAUUAUUUAAAAGCCUUUCCCCAGUUCUUCCCAGAGCCGAUAGCAGGUCACCUGAUAAUGGAUAACGGAUAACGACCAACGCCUGCACUAAUCCAAUGUAAACAGUAUGAUUUAAAACCUGAACUAGUGAGUGCUAAUAGCAGUCGAGUAAAACGCAGCUCGGAAAAAAACUAAUAAACAAUAACAAGUACAAGCCUGGUGGUUGCACUUCGCUCGAUCCAAGGCUAUAAAAGGGUUCUGCUUCACGAGGGACGCAUCAUAGUGCAGUUACAAUUUCCUUGUUUGGCAUUUUUAUGCGCUACAGUCUAAAGCAUACUACGAUACAGCCCGGUCAUGGAAAUAUCAGAGUCUACUAAAGUAGUGUUUUACGUAAGCAGAAUAUUUGGUCUUGCACCUUAUGUAGUGAAGCGCACUCCUAUUGGCCAAAUAGUGGAUUACAAGCGCAGCGUGUUUCUCAUAGUUUAUAGUGUAGGUCUUGUGUUUUGCUUAGCUGGCCUCACCUACAAAGGAAUAUUUUUCGAUGUAACUUCCAAAAAACCUAUACGCUUCGUUUUCAGAAUGAAAACAGCUACUUCAAAGGUGGUGACCAUUCUAGACGUGUCGGUUGUAGUGUCUGCCUGCAUUUGUGGCACACUCAGUGGAAUAGGGGGACUGCAUUUUGUGCGUGAGCUUAAUCGACGGUUAACCGAAGCCGAUGAAAUACUGUCAUUGUACGUCAAGGAAAGUACCCGAAGUCGGAGGCAACGACGCAAAGGAAUCCUCAUGCUAGGAUUAGUAUGUUUCAUCAUUACUGGAGCACUCUCUCUGGACAUAUGGGUAUGGUAUCGCAUUGCCGAUAAGAUAAAGAAAGAAAACAGCAAUUCCAGUGCCAACGUACUAGGCUACUUUCCAUUUUACUGCUUGUACUACAUACUGAUGAUGUUUCAUGUCCUGUUCGCACAAGCUGCACUGGGCAUUGGUAAUCGAUUUCGCCACUUGAAUGUGGCGCUGUACGAAAUGUUUCCCGAAUUUGGCAGAACACCGCGCAUCGAAAUCUCAUCCAUCAAUUUAGAUUCCGAUAAAAAUGAUCCUAUCGAUGUUGACCUCCGAAAGUGUGUAGCAAACGUGGCGCAUGGAUUUGAUAGGAAGCGAACCUUAUCAUCGAGAAAAAUAAUUGAAGAUCUUGCCGUAAUACAUGCUUCUCUUUCAUAUUGUAUAGUGACAUUUGGAAUUGCUUUGCUGGCGGUGCUAGGGUCGUGCUUACUACAUCUCGUCGCCACGUCCUACUUUUUAAUGGUUGAGUUGGUUGGUGACAAGGAUGCAGUAUUUGCGUGGAUUCAGGCAUUGUGGUUAUUCAUACAUAUUUUUAGAUUUUUACUAACCAUUGAACCCUGUCACAUAACUAAUGUUGAGUCAAAUCGUACUAUAACCAUUAUAAACAGCUUAAGGAGGACCUGCAAAGAUGUUGAAAUGAUAGAGAGUAUCAACAUGUUUUGGCAGCAGUUGAUCGCUAGCAACUUUUCCUUCACCGCUUGUGGACUAUGUACAAUUGACAGACGAAUUAUCACAUCGUACUGCGGAGCGAUUGCCACUUACUUAGUAAUACUAAUUCAAUUUAAAGAAGCCGAUGACAAUUCUGGAAAAACGCCACACUAGACGACUACAGACGAAACAAGUAUAGCAUUAAAAGUGGCAUGUGUAUGGUUUAAAUUUAAAAUUAUGUGUAGCGACAUAAUUUAAACAUUAUUUAUCACCAACAAACGUACGGUGGAAUAAUCAUAUCAAAAUAAUAAAUUUGAUAAUAAAAAAAUAGUUCACAAUAUGGAA